AUGAUCGACGACCUUGAUAACGUCGCUUGUGGCACUGAUGGGCCAUCUUCUUGUCUUUAUUGUCUGAAAACCAUUGGCACAAAGAAAAAACUAGCACGACAUCUCCGUGAACUCCAUGGAGAGGGUGGGUUUGCUCGGAGUCGGUACAUCUGUUCAGAGCCUGGAUGCUCUCGCAGCCAGCAAGACAACGGGUUUCCACGGCUUGAACAAGCCCAACAACAUUUCCGGAACAACCAUUCGUCUAAAUCGCUCCCGAAACGCGAAACUGACGCAGGGCGGUACAAGAGCGGUGGAACUCGACCGGAAGCAGGGAGGAUUGCAAGCCAGGACCAGUGCUAA